UCUCUGAUUUGAAAUUUUCCCGCUUUUGCGCCAUUUGGCUUAAUGAUUUCUAUGGAAACAAAUACAUAAACAAAGCACAUGGCAUUCUGUAAAUGUAAUUUAAUGCGUAUAUGUUCCUAGUUAUGGAAUGUCAGUCCAUCAAGCUAUAAAAUUGCCAGUUAUAAAAUUGAUAAAAUAUGUAAUUAAGUUGAGAAAUCUUUUAUCUCAGUUCGAAAUGUGCAAUAUAAAUAUAGUUAAUAUAAUAUUGCUGAUAUGUCAUAAAUAAGAAAACUGAUAUGUAAUUCAGUACAUAAUUAAACUGUAAAUAAGUUCAUUAUUUAUAUAGAAAGAGAACAAAAGUUUGUAAUCAUGCAUGGUUUAAGAGCUGAUCAUAAAUCUCUUGGAGGACUCGGGAUGAGCCGCUGGUUGGAAGCACUCUGGGAACCAAGUGCUGGUUUAUUUUCUCUGCCAGGUGGACUUGAUAUGCUGGAUAUAAGCGGUGAUGGAGAUGCUAGACUUAUUUGUGCUGACCUAGGACCAGUUGGAAGCGAUUCAACAAAGAUACGAGUGUAUAAAGGAGGCGAUCAAAUAACGGAGCAUAACAUGGUAGAUCCACCCUGUGGAGUAGUCGGUUUUUAUACGGAAAAUGGAGAACCUCGAUCGUCUGUAGUUGCUGUAGGAGCUGGGGCUAGCGUGUAUAUUUUCAAAAAUAUGAGACCCUUCUUCAAAUAUUGUCUGCCACACAUUGAUGCCCAUCCAAAAGAACGAGAAAUUUGGCAUAAAUGCGGAUUGGACGAGGAAUUGAAUGUGCUGACCCUUGCAGAUGAUUUGGAGCUGUUACUGAAAGAACUUGGCGCGGCAUUUCUCUCUCCUCGUACUUUAAAGUUUCUCUCUUUGGACAAUAAUUUACGAUUGAGUUUCGCAGAGCAAUAUAGACGAAUACCGCUUGUCAAAGCCAAUGCCUUAACGGCAAUCACGACUAUUCGCAGGGACUCGUGGAACUAUCCCGCUAGCAGUUGUCUUGUAUUAGGAACCGAGUCAGGCGAAGUCCUUAUCUUGGAUCCCAGAGCUUUUUCAGUUAUGGAUAAGCAUAAACUGGAAUGGCCACCAGCAGCAUUUGCCAGUUGUGGCUUAUGGACAGGUGACGGUCGCAUAAUAGUCACUGGGAGAGAUGGAAAAAUAGGGACGAUUAGGAGAGGAAGUUCUGUGAAACUGUGGGAAACGUUACCCGCGCCUGCGGUAGCUGUUUCCGUUCUCACUUCUGAAGGAGCAGCAGUAGCUGUUAUGGACGGAACUCUAAUCGGAUUUUCAAAAAGAGGUAUAAAAUUAUGGCACGUCAAUAUUCCUGGUAUAAUAUUGGAUCUAGUUAGCUUACCAGUACCACAAAGCGGGCUGUCCUUGUUAGCUGUAAGCACAGUAGGCUACGGCAUUCGCAUUUACGAUGGGAAACAUCACGUGGAUACGGUAAAAAUUAUGGAGCCUGUAUCCGCUCUUAAGUACGGACGAAUGGGACAAGAGGAACGGACAAUAGCAAUGGUCACUGUCGGGGGUGGUUUAUGCAUGAAAAUUCUGAAACGCACUGCUGACUUUAAUACAAAUAUUUCAAUGUCGAAUUCAUCGUCGAGUAAUACGUCGAAGUUCUCGAUACCGAAGAAAACGCGAUUAUUUGUUGAUCAAACUAUAAGGGAGAGAGCCGAGGCAAAGAAAAUUCAUAAUACAUUUCAGCAAGGCUUUCUCCGCUUACGUUUGGCAACGGCUAAACAAGCGUCUGAACAUUUAAGCGAAAACCUAGCAUCAGGACCGAAUCCUCUUACGUUGGAGACAAAUGUUCUCGGUUUGGGUCCCAAUUAUAUGAUUCGCGUUAUAGUGACAAAUAUUUCUGAAGUUUUAUCUCCAACGGAGUUGUAUAUUCUCUGCAGAGCCGAAGACACCGAUGUGAAUCCUCGUGUGAUAGACUUGCCCUUGCUACCAAGUGCUGUGCCUAUACCAAUAGCUAUUAGCGCAAAUCUGAAAGGUCAAAUAUCAGGGAAAGUUAAAAUAUUACUCUGCAAGAAAUCAAAUCCGAAACCUUUGGUUGUAACGACAGUAAUUUUGCCAGCCGCCGAGGAAGAUUUUGAAAUCUGAAGAGCUUAAUAUUUAAAGUGUAAUUGAGAGUUGAGUCAAGUACAAAUAUAAAAUAAAUUAUAUUUAAUUUAAUUUAAAAUGGACUUUAUUUUAUAGAUGUAAAAUAAAUCGUAUAUCGUAUUAUUGUCUUGUAUUGUGUAAAUAUAUGAUAAAUAGUUUACAAUAGUAAAUACGAACUUUUUACAUUUUUUACACUAUUUCUCAAAGGAUUGUAUUAAUAAUUUACAGUAAAAUACGCGGAAUGUUUUUGUUUACUUUGUUUAUUAUGUAUCUGCAAGUAUAAUCUUAUUCAUUAAUUAAUUAAUAUAUCUUUCGUUUUUCUUGAUUGUACAUGUUACAUUGAUUAAGGCAACAAGAAGCUAUAUAUUCAUAUGCACAUCAGGUGUGUUGCGUAUUGAUAUAUUUUAUAAAUAUCCUGACUUUUUAUAUGUAUAUUGUCAAUAU